AUGCCUUCUCUCGACGGCCCUUCGAGCGUCAACGAGGCAAUGACACAAGUGGACAGGGAGCAAUACAGGCCCGAAGAAGAUCCCCAGGGUCUCUUCCACCAAGUAUACGAAUGGUUACACCAUGAGAAAACCAGACGACAGAAUCGUAAGGCACGGAAAUCCGAAGCCGUCUCCAAUGCGACAAACGAUGCGCCCACCGAGGACGGCCCCAUAGAAAGACCCAACUCCAACCCCUCCGAAAGCACCUUUUCCUUGGAUAAGCUGGAGAAGAUCCUCCUCCAGUAUGCGACCAACCGACCGAGCAGCGCCAUUGGCUCGAAUGCGUCGGCGAAACGCCUAAGUCGGCGUCGUUAUAAGGGCCUGCAAAGAGGCUCCGCCUCCGAGUCAGAAGCCACAGAUGUCGAGGCGCCUGUGCCGGGCGUGGAAGCCUACCUGGACAACUCCAAGACACUUGCCUACACCGGUGGUGCUGCAGUAGAAGAGGAUACCGAUGCCAAUGCCAAUGCCAAGGCUGACAAGGACCGAGAGGGCUGGAUGAUUUUCAAGACCGAGAUCGUGCGCAUUGUACAUACGCUGCAACUUAAAGGCUGGCGCAAGGUCCCGGCUGAGCUGGCUGGCGAGAUUGAGGUGGUUCGCCUGAGCGGUGCUCUCACGAACGCCGUCUAUGUAGUUGCGCCACCCAAGAACCUGCCUCCCCCAAAAACGGACAGCAAGUCUACUUUGGUGUCCAGGAAACCACCUCCGAAGCUUCUGCUCCGCAUCUACGGACCGCAGGUUGACCAUUUGAUUGACCGAGAAAAGGAGCUACAGAUUCUCCGCCGUCUAGGCCGAAAGAACAUCGGUCCUCGCGUUCUGGGUACAUUCCUGAACGGUCGAUUUGAAGAGUACUUCGAGGCCCGUCCUCUUACGCCCAAAGAACUGCGCAUGCCCGAAACAGCAAAGCAGAUCGCCAAGCGUAUGAGAGAGCUGCAUGAUGGCAUUGAACUCCUCGAUGAAGAACGCGAAGGUGGACCCAUGAUCUUCAAGAACUGGGACAAGUGGGUGGAUCGUUGCGAGCAGGUGACCACCUGGCUUGACAGGGAAAUCCAGUCUCCGCACAACGAAGCCAAGGCCGCAUCUGAACCAUGGCGUCGUCGCGGCUAUGUUUGCGGUGUGACAUGGGACAUGUUCCGCAAAGCCGUGGAAAACUACCGACUUUGGUUGGUUGCCGGGUCUGGAGGCAUUGCUGAGAUCAAGCGCCAGUUGGUGUUUGCGCACAAUGAUACUCAAUAUGGCAAUCUUCUUCGCAUGGAACCGGCCACACAGUCGCCGUUGCUCUUGCCUGCCAAUGAGCACAAGCAGCUCGUUGUCAUUGACUUUGAAUACUCCUCUGCCAAUACCCCUGGCCUGGAGUUCGCUAACCACUUUACUGAGUGGUGCUACAACUACCACGACGAAGAACGCUCCUGGGCUUGCAACACUCGCGCUUACCCAACCCCAGAUCAGCAAUACCAAUUCGUAUCUACAUACCUCACCCACCGACCCGCCGUCGGUGGCGGAACCAUCUCUCCCCUAGCCACGCCCAACAUGCGCGGUCGUACCGCGACAGGCAUCACACCUUUAGACCUGGACGAGGCAGAUGGUCCCAGCUCGCAAGUCGCACAGGCUGAGAAGUCCAACGACGAAGAGCUGGAUAGAGAGGUGCGCUUCCUCAUGCAGCAGACCCGAUUGUGGCGGGUGAUGAACUCUGCGCAGUGGGUCGCUUGGGGUAUUGUGCAGGCCAAGGUACCCGGCAUGGAAGAAGGUAUCGCGGAGAUGGCUGCUGCCAAUGAGCACGGCAAGAAUGGACAGCACGAGGGUAACGGCGCCACCAACUCUAACGGGCACAGCGAAAAGACGCCGCCUGUUGAUGCUGACAUCGAUGAAGAAGGCGAUUUCGAUUAUCUGGCUUACGCUCAGGACCGGAUUAUGUUCUUCUGGUCUGACCUUCUGGCAUUGGGCUUGGUCAGGGCGGAGGACCUGCCUGCGCCUAUGGUUGAGCAUAUCAAGUUGCGUCUUGUGGAGCAUUGA